UAAAUCUUAUCAAUUACUAUAGGAAAACCAUUCAGUAGAAGAUGGAGCCUACUAAGAAGAUUUACGAUGAAUCCGACCUUGUGAAUUUCCGGAAAGCUCACGCAUAUAAUGCCAUAUUUAAUACUAUAAAUAUACUUAUUAAUAAAGUUAAACAUACCGAAUUACCUUAUGGAAGUUUAGAUAUUCAAUUAGUUACUAGAAAGCCUCAAAUUCCUAAUAAUAAUAAUAAUAAUACCAAUAGUAUUGAAAAGAUUCAACCACCUGUAAUAUCUGAAAGCCCCCUUAAUUCCGAUACGAAUAUUAAUCCUAAUAUUCAAGGUGUACUCAAUAUAUUAAAUCAAUUAAAUCAAUUAAUAACAGAGACUCCUCCAUUACCAGGAGCUAGAAGAUUUGGGAACUUAGCAUGUCGAAAAUGGCAUGAUAAAAUCAAUGAAACUUUAGAGAAAUUAAUUGAAACUAAUUUAUCUAUUACUAAUAGGGGGAAGCAACAAUAUGUACUGGAUCUUAAGUAUUACUUAUCCAAUGCAUUUGGAUCAAGAAUGAGAUUAGAUUAUGGAACUGGUCAUGAAUUAAACUUUGUAGCAUUUAUUGGAGGUUUAUUACAACAAGAUAUAAUAGAGGUUACUAAACUUAAUGGACAAGAAGUAUUGAUUAUGUUUGCUAAAUAUUAUGAUUUAGUUCGAAGAUUAAUUCUUGAAUAUAAUCUUGAACCAGCUGGAUCUCAUGGAGUUUGGGGACUUGAUGAUCAUUUCCAUUUCAUUUAUAUACUUGGAGCUUCCCAAUUUAUCGAUGAUAAAUCAGCUCCUCCUGUUCAACAAGUAUUAUCAACCCAAAUCAUUAAUGAAUAUAAGUCUAAGAAUUUAUAUAUAAAUGCCAUUGCCUUUAUAUUUAAAAUUAAACAAGGACCUUUUAAUGAACAUUCUCCAAUCAUAUAUGAUAUUCAUACUACAGUAUCACUUUGGAAUAAAGUAUUAAAGGGAUUACUUAAAAUGUAUGAAGUGGAAGUAUUAAGUAAAUUCCCCGUAGUUCAACAUUUAUGGUUUGGAAAACUUUAUGCUUGGAAAGAUGUGACUACUGGUGAAGACUUGCCAGUAUAUCAGAAGGAUAAUGAUCAAGAUGAAGUGGCAUCAUCCACUAUUACAAGUACCACAACUACUGCUACUGCCACUGCUAUUCCAACUACUGCUAUACCAACUACAAGAGCUCCUUGGGCUCAACCCAAUACUCGUACAUUUAAUAAUAGAGAUAGAACUAUUUAUGCUAAACGAUAG